AUGGCCACGGGUAUUAUCCGUGAGGGCGUAUUUGCCAUCAACAAACCUUGCGGUCAAAGCUCAGCCCAGGUCAUUCGCGAAUGCCAGCAGGUUUUCAACCCUUCCGAGUUUUUCAAGCCAUUGAUCCAGUCAGAAGUCGCAAAGCGCAUGAACGAGAAUAGCGGGGAGUCUGCUCGUCGCAAGGCUCUCAAGAGGGCUUCCCAAGUCAAGAUUGGCCAUGGAGGAACUCUCGAUCCUCUCGCUACCGGAGUUCUUAUCCUAGGCAUAGGAUGUGCAACAAAGGCACUACCCCAAUUCCUCGAAUGCACCAAGACAUACGAGACCACCAUUGUGUUUGGCGCCGCCACCGAUAGCUACGACAGAGUUGGUCGCAUUCUCACCAAGCGGCCCUAUGAACAUAUUACCCGCGAACUGGUCGAGAAGGAGAUUGCCUCGUUCAAAGGCCGCCAGAUUCAGAUCCCGCCGCUGUUCUCUGCCCUCAAGAUGAACGGAAAGCCCCUCUACGAGUAUGCGCGUGAGGGCAAACCUAUCCCUCGACAGAUCGAAGGCAGAGAAGUCGAUGUUAAGGAAAUUGAGAUGGUAGAGUGGUACGAGCCCGGAGAGCACAACCACCGAUGGCCCACCGAAGAGGCUGAAGCUGCGGAGCGCAACCUGGCGGAGCAGGUCUGGAGGGUCAAGAAGCAACAAGAAAGCAACAAGCCGUUGAGUCCCGAGGAAAAGCAGCAGGACGACAAAGCGAUAGCGGCGCAUGAAACUUUCAAGCGCAAUUUUGAAGAGCGCCAGGAUGCCCUUAUUAAAGAUGCGCCUUCAAAGAAAUCGCGAAAGUCAAAAGAACCUCGUAUGAUGUCGGGCGCUCUCGGAAAGCUUCCACAGCCAACCUACUCUACUAAGGGACAGAAUCUGGUUCCCGACGCACCCGACUCGAGCACCCCUCCUCCAUGGAGCGAUCAGGGCCCUCCUGCCUGCAAGGUCCGACUCACAGUCACAUCUGGAUUCUACGUCAGAAGUUUCUGCCACGACCUAGGCGCUAAGCUUGACUCAGCUGGUCUCAUGGCAGAGCUUUCACGAACCCGCCAGAAUCACUUCGAGGUUGGCAGCGAGAACUGUCUCGAGUAUGGAGACCUCGCCAAGGGUGAGAAUGUCUGGGGCCCCAAGGUUGCUGGCAUGCUUAAGAAGUGGAACGAGGGGUUGGGAGCUGGCCCUCGAGGUCCAGCCGGUCCCUCAGAGAAGUCCCAGAAGAACGAGACUAAGCGUUCCGGUUCUCCCACGCGGAAGCAGAACAAGGGUGAGAAGCGGCGACGAUCGGAAUCCCCGAACGGGGCAGGAUCACCACGUCGCAAGGCAGCAGCUCUUGAAUCCAAGCAAGAUUCCAAGCCCGUUAAAGAGCCUAUGAAGGAACCUGUGAAGGAGGCCAAGGAGGAGGCCACGCCAGACGCCGGAAACCGCUCCGAUGAUGAGAAGUCAUGGAAUGGCAUCGAAGACUGA